AUGUGCUAUAACGUGUUGGACAGGGUUGUCGAUAAGGGACUGGGCGAUCGAGUUGCCUAUUACUGGCAAUCAAAUGAUGACAAUUCGCACCGAAUAGUCACUUACAAUGGUUUACUGCGAGAUGUCUGUCGGUUCGCGAAUGCGCUCAAGAGUUUGGGCGUCAAAAAGGGGGACAGAGUUGCCGUCUAUAUGUCGGUCUCCAUAGAGCUGGUGGUUGUCAUGCUGUCCUGUGCCCGGAUCGGUGCCAUUCACACCGUUAUUUUCGCCGGAUUUUCGGCCCCAGCACUGGCCGACCGUAUAAUAGAUGCCAAUUGUAUACUAUUGGUGACGGCCGACGGCGCCUACAGAGCCAACAAAUUCAUACCAUUGAAGUCUAUCGCGGAUUCAGCCCUCGAAAUAUGCAAAAGAAUGAACCAUAAAGUGAUAGCUACUAUCGUGAGCCCACACCUAAAACUGUACACCGCUCACGGUAUGGACAAUAAUGCGACCAUUAAUUACGACCCAAAAGUGGAUAUACUGUGGGACGACAUCAUGAAAAGUGUUUCCGAUUCGUGUGAACCCGAGUGGAUGGAAGCCGAGGACACCCUUUUCAUACUAUACACGAGUGGAAGUACUGGAAAGCCUAAAGGGAUCGUACAUACGAUCGGCGGUUAUUUACUCUACGCAUACAUAACAUUCAAAUACGUAUUCAAUUACACGGACGGAGACGUG